AUGCAUGACACCCCAGAGCAUAAGGCGCAGGUUGAGCAUGAAGUUGAGCUCGCCCAUCGGGAACAUCACGAUGUCUCCCUCGGCUACCAAGAUCCACAUAAAGCCGCUCUCGAAGACAACCCAAAGCAUGCGGAAAAGCUCAGUCUUUCGGUCAUUCUCUCUGCCCUCUUCCUCGGAACCUCCUUCACCGGCCCUAUCAUCUUCGGCUUCAUCCUUGCCACGCCUAUUCUCGUGCAACUGAGUGAGGUGCUCGGUGGUUCAAAGAUUGAUUUCUGGAUACCCUCAGGCUGGGGCGCCGCUGCUGCAGUCGGAUUUUCAAUUGCAGGCAGAUUGUCGGACAUCUUUGGCCGCAGAUAUGUCAUCCUGGUUGGCCAAGUUCUUACAAUCAUUGGAGCUGCGGUGGCAUGUAGCGCGAAGUCCAUGAAUCAGCUCAUUGCGGGUGAGGUUAUCCUCGGAGGUUCAAUUGGAACAGUGUCAGUUGCCUAUGCAGGUAUCUCUGAAAUUCUGCCGAACAAGUGGCGUGGAGUUGGUCUCGCCUGGACCGAGUUCAACCUGGCCACCUGGGCUGUUGCAGGAACUCUUCUCGCCAAUGCGCUGCUGUCUCACGCCAGUUGGCGCAUUAUGUACUACAUCGCCAUCGGUUAUGGUGUAUUCUCUUUCGUCGGAACGCUCUUCGUCUACUUCCCGCCCAGCCACCCACGUCCAGACGGUCUCACUAAGUGGCAGGAAUUCAAACAGCUUGACUUUGUGGGGACCGCCUUGUACGUUUCUGGUCUGGCUGUCUUUCUCUAUGGCCUGAACUCCGGUGGAAACACCUAUCCAUGGAAGAGUGCCGGCACUCUGGCACCACUCAUUCUCGGCCUCUUUGUCUUCCUAAGCGCCUUUGCCUACGACUUCACUGUUGCUAAGGAUCCACUAUUUCCUUGGUAUCUGUUCAAGAACUUCCGCGAGUUCUCGUCCCUUCUCAUGCUAGUGUUUGUGGCAGGUAUGGUGUUCUUCGCUGCCUCUGCUUUGAACGCGGAAACCAUACUAUACCUGCACACUGCGGAUCCCAUCAAGAUUGGUGUCCUCAUCCCAGCUCUGGUGCAUUACAUCAAACAUGUACACAUUCAACUCACCGUUUCGGUCUUCAUGCAAACCUUGUUCUUUGGUCUUGCUGCGCUGAUCACCCCACACAAUCUCAAUUGGCUCAUGGCUGUCCAGUUCCUUGCCAUGUUGCCUUUCGGUUGGAUCACGUUGAAUUGUUAUACCACAGCCUCGCUACAUGUACCCCAACGAGACCUUGGGGUCGCCAUUGGAUUGAUCGGCACUUUCCGUUCUCUUGGUGGAGCGAUUGGGUCUGUCAUCUUCUCGUCCAUCUUCAGCCAAGUUGCGGCCAAACAAGUCGCCAGUCGGAUCGCCGACACUGCCUUGAGCGCAGGCACCUCAGCAAAGACACUACCGGCGCUGAUCGAGGCAGUUUCUCUGACGCUUCUUGGUGUACCUGGAGAGGCCGCAACCGUGCCGGGUGUAUCAGCCUCGCUCUUUGCAAAAUGCGUCGAGUCUGCACGACUCGGCUAUGCUUAUGGAUUCCGCAUCACUUGGCUGGCAUCGAUUCCCUUUGGUGUCAUUGCUAUGGCUUGUGCAGUGGCCGUCCGUGAUCCUUCCAAGUACUUUACCAACCAUGUGGAGGUUCAUCUCGAAAAAGAAAUUGGAAAAGGACAUGUCACGGAAAAGACCGACGCACCACAAGUGUGA